AUGAGGAAAGGUGCUCAGCUGAGUGAUGCCCAUAGGGAUGCUUUGAUUGCUCCUAUCACAGAUGAGGAAAUUUACAACAGUCUCAAAAGCAUAAAUGAUACUACUGCUUCUGGGAGUGAUGGUUAUAGCUCCAAGUUUUAUAAAGCCUCUUGGGAAGUUAUUAAGAAUGACAUGAUCAAAGCUGUUAGAGAGUUCUUCGAGAAAAAUAGAAUUUAUAAGGAGGGGAGUCCUUCCGUUCAGUGGAUGCACAUUGAUUAUAACCCCCAGAAUUGGGAUGAGCAGCUGGGCUGGGUGCUAAAGAAUAGUAAAGGUAAAGGUCAUAUAGCUAGUAUUCUCAAGGCAUUAAACCUCCUGUCCCAGGUCGUGCAAUGGGAAAUCCUUCAGCGCUGGUAUUUCCUUGAAUACCAGAAACACAGUUUUUCAUUAAACCAAGUCAUCCAAGCUAACAAAAACCAAAAGAAGACAAAGAGCCCCUCCAAGCUAAGUCUAUUGGUUCCUGCAAAAAUAAUGGGCUUUAGUUCUAAAAGAAAUCCCAUUAACAUAGCAAGAGAAGUUGAGGAUGAUAGUAUUGAAGAAUUAGAUAGGUCAGAUCCUAAUGAUAGUGAUAAUGAAAAGUACACUAAGUAUGAGAAGUUCAGAGGUGAGUUGAUGAACAACGAUUUUCAAUAG